GAGGAGAAGUCCAAGGCUGCUCAGGUGAAGGCAACCCCCAAGAAGACCAAAGGGUCUUCAGACGAGUCGUCCGAGAGCUCAUCGGAGGACGAGGCCCCCGCGAAGGCUACUCCUGUAAAACCCACCCCCGCGAAAGCCGCCCCCGCGAAAAAGGCCGAGUCGAGUGACAACAGCGACUCCGACAGUUCUUCAGAAGACGAAGGGGCUCCCCCACCGAAAAAGGCCCCUGCGGCAAAGGCUGCGAAGAAGGCAGAGUCUGCGUCCGACUCGGACUCGGACUCUGAAGAGGAUUCCGAUGAGGAAGAUGCUGAUGGCGACGUGAAGAUGGGCGAUGCUACUGCCGCCCCGGCCAAGGGUGAGUGCAAGCGCAAAGCCGAGGACGACUCCGCCGCACCCGCGAAAAAGGCCAAGGUGGCCAACGGCAAUGCGGCCGAGUCCACUGACGAAAUCAAGACGGUUUUCGUCGGUCGGCUCUCCUGGAACGUCGACAACGAGUGGCUCGCGUCCGAGUUCGCUGAGUGCGGCGAGAUCGUCUCCGCCCGCGUCCAGAUGGACCGUAACACCAGCCGCUCGCGCGGCUUCGGCUACGUCGAGUUCACCACCGCGGAUGCCGUCGAGGCCGCGCUCAAGCUCUCGGGCAAGGAGAUCGACGGCCGGCCGAUCAACGUCGACAAGUCCGAGCAGAAGGACAAGUCCACUGUGCGCGAGAGCCGCGCGCAGAAGUACGGCGACACCCCCAGCGAGCCCUCUGCCGUCCUCUUCGUCGGCAACCUCUCCUGGGACACGACCGAGGACGCCGUCUGGGAGACUUUCGGCGAGUACGGCGACGUCAAGAGCGUCCGGCUCCCCACGGACCGCGAGACCGGUAAGCCGAAGGGCUUCGGCUACGUCGAGUUCACGGACAUCGAGGCCUCGAAGAAGGCGUACGAGGGCCUUGCGGGCACCGAGAUCGGCGGCCGUGCCAUUCGUCUGGACUACUCGCAGCCGAGAGACGAUAACGCUGGUGGCCGGGGCGGCUUUGGUGGCCGUGGCGGGCGAGGUGGCUUCGGCGACCGCGGCGGGCGAGGCGGCUUCGGCGACCGCGGCGGUCGCGGCGGGGGUCGUGGUCGUGGAUUUGGUGACCGUGGAGGACGCGGUGGUCGGGGUGGCCGUGGGGGCGGCCGUGGUGGUAGUGCUCGCACAGGUGCCAUCGGGGAACCACAGGGCAAGAAGAUGACCUUCGACUAA